UCGUUUUAGCUUAUUAUACAAUGGCCGGAAAAGGAGAGGGACCGGCGAUCGGAAUAGAUCUCGGCACCACAUACUCAUGCGUCGGAGUAUGGCAACAUGACAGAGUCGAAAUCAUUGCUAAUGAUCAAGGAAACAGAACGACGCCGUCUUAUGUCGGAUUUACCGACACCGAGCGUUUGAUCGGUGACGCCGCGAAAAAUCAAGUGGCCAUGAACCCUAUCAACACCGUCUUUGAUGCGAAGCGGUUGAUUGGCAGAAGAUUUUCCGAUGCUUCAGUUCAGAGUGACAUAAAAUUAUGGCCGUUUAAGCUUAUUCCAGGACCUGCCGAUAAGCCCAUGAUUGUUGUCAACUACAAGGGUGAAGACAAGCAGUUUGCUGCUGAAGAGAUUUCUUCAAUGGUGCUCAUUAAAAUGCGCGAGAUCGCAGAGGCUUUCCUUGGUACCACUAUUAAGAACGCUGUCGUUACUGUCCCGGCGUAUUUCAAUGAUUCACAGAGGCAGGCGACCAAGGAUGCCGGUGUUAUCGCAGGGCUUAAUGUGAUGCGUAUUAUUAAUGAGCCGACUGCAGCCGCUAUUGCUUACGGUCUUGAUAAGAAGGCGACGAGCGUUGGCGAAAAGAACGUAUUAAUUUUCGAUUUGGGUGGUGGUACUUUUGAUGUUUCGUUGCUUACUAUUGAAGAGGGGAUCUUUGAGGUUAAGGCUACGGCUGGUGAUACUCAUCUUGGUGGUGAGGAUUUUGAUAAUAGAAUGGUGAAUCAUUUUGUUCAGGAGUUUAAGAGGAAGAACAAGAAGGAUAUUAGCGGAAACCCUAGAGCUCUUAGGAGGUUGAGAACUUCCUGUGAGAGAGCGAAGAGAACUCUUUCUUCGACUGCUCAAACGACUAUUGAGAUUGAUUCUUUGUAUGAGGGUAUUGACUUUUACUCGACUAUCACCCGUGCUAGAUUCGAGGAGCUUAACAUGGAUUUGUUCAGAAAGUGUAUGGAGCCUGUUGAGAAGUGUUUGAGGGAUGCUAAGAUGGAUAAGAGUACUAUUCAUGAUGUUGUGCUCGUCGGUGGAUCUACCAGAAUUCCGAAAGUGCAACAGUUGUUGCAAGAUUUCUUCAACGGGAAGGAGCUCUGUAAGAGUAUUAACCCUGAUGAGGCUGUUGCCUACGGUGCUGCUGUCCAAGCUGCAAUUUUGAGCGGUGAGGGCAAUGAGAAGGUGCAGGAUUUGCUUCUCUUGGAUGUUACUCCGUUGUCGCUUGGUCUGGAAACAGCUGGUGGUGUUAUGACUGUUUUGAUACCAAGAAACACCACUAUUCCCACAAAGAAAGAGCAGGUGUUCUCCACCUAUUCCGAUAACCAGCCUGGUGUUCUCAUCCAAGUUUUUGAGGGUGAGAGAACAAGGACUAGGGAUAACAACUUGCUUGGCAAAUUUGAGCUAUCUGGCAUUCCUCCAGCUCCGAGGGGUGUUCCUCAGAUUACCGUGUGCUUCGACAUUGAUGCAAAUGGUAUCCUGAACGUCUCAGCAGAAGACAAGACCACCGGACAGAAAAACAAGAUCACAAUCACCAACGAUAAGGGUAGAUUGUCCAAGGAAGACAUCGAAAAGAUGGUACAAGAGGCUGAGAAGUACAAGUCUGAAGAUGAGGAGCACAAGAAGAAGGUUGAAGCCAAGAAUGCUCUUGAGAACUACUCUUACAACAUGAGGAAUACCAUCAAGGACGAGAAGAUCAGUUCUAAGCUUGAUGCUGCCGACAAGAAGAAGAUUGAGGAUGCUAUCGACGGAGCCAUUGAAUGGCUAGACGGGAACCAGCUAGCAGAGGCUGACGAAUUUGAGGACAAAAUGAAGGAACUUGAGGGUAUUUGCAACCCAAUAAUUGCCAAGAUGUACCAAGGUGCUGGCGGUCCUGACAUGGGAGGUGGCAUGGAUGAUGAUGCUCCUCCAGCAAGUGGCGGUGCAGGCCCCAAGAUUGAGGAAGUCGACUAAGGUGUCUGUUUAAUGGUUGCCUAUUUUUUUGCCAUUGUUGGCAAUGAACUUUUUCUAGUCUUGUUUUAACGACUUUGUAUCUGUUUUGAGUUUUAAUUUUCCCUAGGUUCUAUUUAAACAAUUUUCAGAAUAGUAAUUAUGGAAAUGUUUUUCCAGGUUUUUUGCUCCA